CGGACCCGAAAGGUUCUUAGGGAGUUGAAGGGCCUGGAGGCGGCCCCGGAAGAAAUGGCGGGAGCUGGGCCGACCAUGCUACUACGAGAGGAGAAUGGCUGUUGCAGCCGGCGUCAAAGCAGCUCCAGCGCUGGGGACUCAGACGGGGAGCGCGAGGACUCGCCGGCUGCGCGCGCCCGGCAGCAGCUGCAGGCGCUGCUCAACAAGACCAUGCGCAUUCGCAUGACAGAUGGACGGACGCUGGUCGGCUGCUUCCUCUGCACCGACCGCGACUGCAAUGUUAUCCUAGGCUCGGCGCAGGAGUUCCUCAAGCCGUCGGAUACCUUCUCUGCUGGGGAACCCCGUGUGUUGGGCUUGGCCAUGGUACCCGGACACCACAUCGUUUCUAUUGAGGUGCAAAGAGAGAGCCUCUCGGGGCCUCCCUAUCUUUAACCAUGAUCGCGCAUGCCUUUUAGAUUUCAUUAAACCUGUAACCCAA